CUUUAUACGAUUCCUUGACGGUAAAACAGCACGUGGACUUUUACUCAUCUCUGCGGAAUUCUCCCCGAAAAUAUAGAAGUAUUUCCAUGAACAACUAUUUAAAAGCAUUAGAUCUCUUGAUCGUAAGGAAUGUGAAGAGUCGAAAUUUAUCACAAGCGGACAAAAAGAAACUAUCGGUGGCAUGUGCCUUUUGUGGGAAUCCACGGAUCCUUGUUUUGGACGAACCCACCGAAGGAUUGGAACCCUGUGAUCGAAGAUUACUGUGGGACUUACUGCAGUCUGAGAAACGAUGUCGCACUAUAAUAGUAGCCACUUACCAAAUCGAGGAAGCGGAUUUUCUGGCGGAUCGAGUGGCUAUAUUAUGCGAUGGGCAAUUAAUAUUCAAUGGAACCUCCGUCUUCUUGAAGAACUCUUAUGGGUCCGGCUAUCAGUUGGUAUGCUCGCAGGGUGAAAUAUGUCCAGAGCCACAGAUAACCUCGUUGGUUACGAAAUAUAUACCCGAUUCCAGUGCAUCUGUGACAAGCCUUGCGAAAUAGCCUACAAUAUUCCGCAAUCCAGUUGCUGUGGAAUUGUGCCCCUGCUAAAGGAGUUGGAACUAUCCGAAAAGUGUGGCGAUAUGGAAUCCAUUCAAAUCGGAACCACUCCGGUGGUAGAUAAAUUUGUAAAUGCCACUUCGGCUGGCUGCAACUUAAACAAGUGCAGUAACUUUUGCAACCUACCAGAACCGGAUGAAUGUCUGCUAAAGGGACAAAAAUUGUGCAGGAAUCAAUGGAAAGCGAUGAUAUUAAAAAAGUUCUACCACAUCAAACACAACCCUUGUUGUUCCUUGGACUUCCCUUGCUUUUGCUUUUGACCUUUGCGGCGUUACUUGCUUAUUUUUAUAAAUCUCCUGAUUUACCCAAACAUCA